AAACCGGAAGCUGUCACUGGCAGUUACGAAAACUUAAAAACACGAUAACAGUCGGGAGAAAGCAACGGAGCAAAACAUGUACUCCUGAACUUUUGAAAAUUUGUGACAUCUCUUAACUGACGCGGUCAAAGGACAUAAUGUCUGUCCUGUUGUCAGUGCUGGCGGGUGUUUUGGCUGUAUAUAUACUGCUUUAUUACAGCGUGUUUAAAGGAGCCAGAUUUAAGAGCAGCGUCACGUUAAAGGGAAAAACAGCAAUUGUUACAGGGAGUAACACAGGCAUUGGCAAACCCACAGCUUUGGAUCUGGCCAAAAGAGGGGCCCGAGUGAUCCUCGCCUGCCGAAACAAACAGAAAGCUGAAGCUGCAGUUUAUGACAUAAGAAAGGAAAGUGGGAACUCCGAGGUACUGUACAUGCAUCUGGACCUGGCCAGUUUGAAGUCCGUGCGAGAUUUUGCUGAGACUUUUCUGAAGAGUGAACCGAGACUCGACUUGCUCAUUAACAAUGCAGGUCUUAUCGCGUCAGGCAGAACUGAAGAUGGUUUUGGCAUGGCGUUCGGCGUCAACCACCUGGGCCACUUUUUGCUGACGCUGUUGCUGUUGGAUCGUCUAAAGCAGGCAGAGCACAGCCGUGUCGUCAACGUGUCCGCCCUGCUGCAUCGGCUGGGUUCUGUCGACUUCAACCUCCUCAACACGCACAAGGAUCUGGUCACAGGUCAGUCGUCCUGGGAUGCUCUCAGAGCCUACUGCCACAGCAAACUCUGCAAUGUGCUGUUUACCCGUGAGCUCGCAAACCGCUUGGAAGGGACGAGUGUCACGUGCUAUUGCCUGCAUCCAGGCGUCAUAGCCACUGAGAUUGGUCGGAAUAUGAAUAUGCUACAGAAGCUGCUUUACCCGGUCAUGUCCAAGCUGUUUUUCCUAGACCCAGAGGGAGGUGCGCAGACUACACUUUACUGUGCUUUGCAGGAGGGACUUGAGCCUCUGAGUGGACGGUACUUCUCUUCCUGCGCUCUGCAGAAUGUGAGCGCUGCCGGACGGGAUGAUGCCCUGGCCAGGAAGCUUUGGGAAGUGAGCGAGAGGCUGUGUGGCCUAUCCUAAGUGAGCUAAGUGGAACAAUAGAACUCCACACACAAAAGCCCAAUAACAAUAACAGUCACAGGUGGCUGGUUUUUGCAUUCGGUAUAUGUUGUUUUAAAAUGUGUUGUUGCUUUAAAUGAAUGCAGUAUAUUUAAAUUAGGGGUUCACCGAUAUUUAAUACCUGCUUGAUACAAUAAGCUGAUGCUAAUUUUUUGUAAUGGCCCUAUAAAUUGACGAUAUUAACAUUUUGUUUUAAUCAGAUAAAAAUAAAACACUAAAACCUAAACUGAAUUUAGGCAUCACAACAUUAUAAUGUACAGUAUGAAAAAUGGAUAUUCAUAUUGAGAUUGGUAAAGAGAAAGUUAAUAGUAAAAAUACUAUUAAAUUAUUAGUAUUUUUUAACGUUGACUUUAAAGUGUUAGAUGAUGGCAAAAGUAAUCAAUGUAAAAAUAGUAGAAAUGAGCUUAAAAAUGAAUUAUAAUUAAAUUGAUUAAUAAAAUGUACAUAAAAAUGGCCAAUAACUAAUGUUGUACCAAUGUAUUGUGCAUCUUUACUUUAAAUGAAGCAACAAUAUAUGCAUAGCUUGGGGAACCGUAACCAAAGUAACCUUUAAUGUCUCUAAGUUAAUUGUAAUGCUUAUUUUUGUUGAAAAUAUGUAGAGAUGAAGAAGAGUUUUUGUGAGCUUUGUAUUAAUGAUCUAUUGAUCUAUCUUUCAAUCAAUCUCUCUCUCUUUCUCUUUCUCUAUACAUCUCUUUCUCUGGACUAUUUCAUUGUGCUGUUCUUAUAAACAUGCGUGAAUGUGUUAUUGCUUUUUUAUUAUCAGUUUCUUUGACCUGAAUGGGAACAUUGCAUCCAUUUUUUUUUUUAAACUCAUGACCAAUUCAAAUGCCUCAUGUAUUUGAAAAUCAAAAUCAUACAAAGAAAAUAAAAAAAAAAACAAAGAAAAA